AUGGUGUUCGCAAAGUACGGGUCAUUCUUAACGGCCCCGAGUAUUAUAGUGCAGUUGCUGUUCAUAUCGAUGAUACAGAUUGAGCGGCAAAUGGAGUACAAUAGGUUGCUGGAUGAAAAGCAAAAGUACUCCGAGUACGACUAUAUCAUAGUAGGUGCCGGCGCUUCCGGUGCACCUAUUGCCAACAGACUGACCGAGGACUCCCAUAAUCAUGUAUUAUUGCUGGAGGCGGGUGGACAGCAAACGGUGCUCAGCGAUAUCCCUGGCUUGACUGAAACACUGGUAGACAACCCGGAGUUUGAUUGGCGCUACCCUACCAUUCCUCAGAAGUACUUCACGGGCAUCCCUAUGGACUGCAAUAAUGGCAAACGAUUAGGUGGUUCCUCAGCCAUAAACGGCAUGAUCUACAACAGGGGAAACCGCAAUGACUUCGAUAACUGGGUCACACGGUAUGGCGCUAAGGGCUGGAGCUAUGAGGAGGUGUUACCCUACUUCAUGCGGGCCGAGAACAACACCGACCCCCUAUUGGUGGCCCAGAAUCCCGGCUUUCACGGCACGGCCGGACCCGUCGGUGUGUCCACUGACCCGCUGCCGGCGCCCCUACUCCUUGUCCAUCAACAGGCGCUCAACUCGAUCGGCAUCAGGAGUAUGGACAUCAACGGCGCCAAUCAAUUGGGUACGACCAUAGCCCAGGCCACUGCCAGGGAUGGUAGGCGUUCCAGCACUGCCAACGCUUAUAUCGAUCCCAACCCGCACUCCGACAAUCUCAAUGUAUUGAUUUACGCGUUUGUCACCAAGAUACUGUUCACCAAAGGCCACAAUGGAGUUCCCGUAGCUACCGGUGUCGAGUAUACUAAAAACGGAUACAAACACACGGUUAUGGCCCGCAAGGAAGUCAUACUUUGCGCCGGUGUGGUGCGUUCCCCUCAGCUGUUGAUGGUGUCGGGCAUUGGACCCAAACACCACUUGGAAGAGUUCGGAAUACCGGUGAUCGCGGACCUCCCGGUGGGCGACAACCUCCAGGACCACCCGGCCGUCUCCAUACACAUGUGGGUGAAGGACCAGACACUGGGCACACCCGGCCCACAGAUGUCCAUCGAGCAGAUGUACCAGUUGUGGAGCACAAACAGCGGGCCGUUAGCCUACGCCUCGGACAGCAUAACGUACUUCAACUCCCGCGACAAUAACCGCACGGAUUGGCCGAACCUAUACUUCUAUACUAUUGUGCAAAAUGUGCUGAAUCUGGACUCACAG